GAGCCAGCACAUGUCCUUCACACCCCACACUCCUUCAGUCCCUGUUUUCUGUUUCUGUGCUUGACGCACCUCCUUCGCUAGUCGAACCCAAUCGCACUCUUUCCGAACCGAAUACCUCUGAACUUUUUUUUUCAACGCUCAAAACUACUAUCAAAAUGAAGACUUCCAUCGCUGCCUCCAUCCUGGGCUUCGCCCUCGCCGCCUCAGCCGGCCCGGCUCGCAUCUUCCCCCGAAACUUUUACACAAUGAUGAAACGAGGCUCGCUGCCUGUGCCGCAGGGCAACGGCACUGAGACCUUCUCCGAACCCAAGGAAAUCACCGGUGUCUUUGACGGAGGCCUCAAGACAUACGGCCGCGGCGUCUCUUGCACUGGCCAAGCCGAGGGCGGCAACUCCGACGCCGUGUUCCUGCUCAAGGACGGUGCUACGCUCAAGAACGCCAUUAUUGGCAAGGACCAGAUCGAGGGUGUGCACUGCGAGGGUUCUUGCACGAUUGAGAAUGUGUGGUGGGUGUCUGUAUGUGAAGAUGCUCUCACACUCAAGGGCGAUGGCGAUGCUACCGUUAUCGGAGGCGGCGCCACAGCCGCACAAGACAAAGUGAUCCAGCACAACGGCAAAGGCACCGUCACAAUCGAAAACUUCACUGUCGACAACUUCGGCAAACUCUACCGCGCCUGCGGCAACUGCAAGGAGAGCGCCGAGCGCCAUGUCGUUAUCAAGGGCGUCAAAGCGUCAAAUGGAAAGUUGCUUGCGGGUAUCAACUCAAACUUUGGUGACUCGGCUACGAUUGAUGCGGCUACUUGUGCUACGGGUGUCAAGGAGAUUUGCGAAGAGUUCAAGGGAACGACGCCUGGUAACGAGCCGGAUUCUGUGUCAACGGGCCCGUCGAGUGCUUGCAAGUUCUCUGGGUCGGUUGCUGCGUGCUAGGUGGGCUGCGCGAUGGGGAUGAUUGCUGGAAAAUGUGUCAUCCCUAGCUGCCAUGCGUGGUUGAGCGCUGGAAGCAAUGCGGAAGUGUGGCA